AGAAAGGACAAGGCUUCCCACAUCCUUCAGUGUGAAUAAAGGAUUCCGCUGAGCAGAUUUAAUACAGACUUCUGUCUGGGGGUCGUUUUGUAUCAAGGCUGCCUUUAAACCGAUAAAUAAAAGUAGUAUUUAAUAAGCAGCGAGAUGAAGAGCUGCUGGUAACUCAUUUCAAGAUUCAGCUGCUAUUUAUUUGUGCUUGAUGCACAUGUUUCUGCACAAUCCGUUUAGGGAACACAAGAAGAGAAUCCAAAACGGCUGCGGGGGAACAUUCAGCAAACAUGCCUACAGAAACAAUACAGACAGGUAGCAUGGUGAAACCAGCUAGCCCAGCUAUCACGUUCACGUCUGCGGUCCCUCUACGCAUAUUGAACAAAGGACCUGACUAUUUUCGCAGGCAGUCAGAACCCAAUCCCAAGAGACUCAGCGCAGUGGAGAGACUAGAAGCUGAUAAGGCAAAAUAUGUCAAGAGCCAAGAGGUUAUCAAUGCCAAACAGGAGCCAGUAAAGCCAGCAGUACUUUCAAAACCUCCUGUGUGCCCGGCAACUAAAAGAUCCUUGGGUAGCCCGACUAUUAAAAUGUUUAACAACAAUUCAAAGACUGAAAGCAUUGUACAAAGAGAGAAUUUAAAGCUAGAAAUCCUUAAGAACAUUAUCAAUAGCUCUGAAGGUUCUAGCACAAGUUCGGUGAAUAAACAAAAUUCUCGAAAUUGGCCUCCAAAUAGAUCUGACUCAGCUGACCUAAAUCGACAUUCAUUCGCAGAAUCAUUAAAGGUUUAUCCCACGCAAAGUCACGGCAGCCCUCAAGACAGCAACUCCAACAUCAGCAGAAGACUCCUGGAGAAGUCAAGCGAUACUUUUUUACAUGUUUCUCACAGUUCCUCAGACAUUAGAAAAGUAACCAAUGUGAAACAAAUAAAAGCAAUACCGUGCAGCAGUUCAGCACCACCCCUGCCUCCAAAACCCAAGCUAUCCAACCUCACUAACCUAAAGCCACCAGAGAAUGACAAUCUGGAAUCUGGAUGUGGUGUGAACCGACGGCCCUCUAUUCAACGUUCAAAAUCUGAUUUAAGUGACAGAUAUUUCCGUGUUGAUGCCGAUGUUGAAAGGUUCUUUAAUUACUGUGGAUUGGAUCCUGAAGAGCUUGAAAACCUUGGAAUGGAAAACUUUGCAAGGGCUAAUUCUGAUAUAAUAUCUCUAAACUUUCGAAGUGCAAGCAUGAUCAGCUCUGAUUGUGAACACUCUCAGGACAGCAACAGUGACCUUAGGAAUGACGACAGUGCCAAUGACCGUGUGCCCUAUGGCAUUUCUGCCAUUGAAAGGAAUGCCAGAAUCAUAAAGUGGUUGUAUAGCAUUAAGCAGGCUAGAGAGUCACAGAAGGUAUCUCACGUCUGAGAAAGUUCCAGCUGUAGUUUAAAGAAAGAGACUGUACCUUUUGUCUGUGAAUAUUUGGUUGUGAAGGGUCGUAAAGUCUACUUGAAGUCUUGUAAACUUUUCAAACUGCUCUGUGUUGCUUGUUCUGCAAUGUUUUUCAAGUUGCAUGCCUGUCAACAUGUGAACUGACCUGGCUUCCACUUGAACAAGACAUAUGAAAGCCUUGUUGAAUAUAUACACACGAUAUCUGCCAAAAGUUUAAGACCAAUUCAAAUGAAUGGCUUUUAAUGCUACACUGUUUACAUGACUAUGAAGGGUAGAGGUAGAUAACUUCCUGAACAUUCAUUACGUCUUAUUGUUUUAUAUAUAAAUAUAUAUUCUUUGUUAAUUCUUGAGUUUUUUAGAUGGCAAAGGAAAACCAGAAGUUGUCAAGUGUUUGUUUCUACAUAGGUUUUCCUGGUUUUUUUAUUAUUAUUAUUUAAAACAAUGUAGUUGGAACAAUUCAGCUGAAUAUCUAAGACAUAAUUUUCUCUUGCCCGGUAUGGGGCUAUCUCUGUUAAAUGGGGCUUAGACCGAAGAUUAUCUGGUAUUCACAUUCCAUGUAGUGUAACGGUAAGUUUUAGAAGCAAUGUUACAAUACUGUUCCCAACGCAACUUUAUUUUUGUACCCAUUUUAUUUCUUAGUCUUAAACUUUUGACAAGAACAAUGAGAUGCAAACUUCUGUAAGUUGCCUUUAACAAAGUAAAUCAUCAAACGUCUGUGCCGUCAUUUUUCCUAGCUAUAUCACGUGGAAUAGUGAGUGAACACAAAUGGAAAUUUACAGCCAUAUCAGUAUAUAUAAAUAAUUUAAAAAAAAAAAAUGAAGUACAGCACCUGGAAUCAAACAAAAAAAUUGUAUUUGUGGAUUUGCAUACGUUAACAUCUCUGUUUAUGAAUGCUUGUUCCACUUGAAAUGUACCGUCUUUAUGCAAAAUAGAUUUAUUUUAUUUUUCUCAUGGCAGUAUCUGCUGCACGUCAUCCUUUUGAAUUAUUGUUUAUUCUCCUGGCAUGUCUUUCCUGUGAGCUAUAAGCUGGUAUUCUAUAAAGCAGCUUUUUCCAGUAGGAAUGACUUGGAGAUGAGUGUACGCUACAUUGUUACAGUACCUGUGUUAUAAAGGUGUUGCAGUACUUUGUAAACAUCAGUAGGCCAAUCAAACCUUUUUUAUGGUGUAAAUGCUGUAAGGAUUUGUACAUACUUCAUUUGCUAUUGAAUCUUUGGGAAAAAAAAGUGUUAUGCUAAUAAAUAGCUCUUGUUGCAGCUAAAAA